AUGCUCGGCCGCAAGUUGACCGGAAGCGCCAGCUUUGUCUGCCUGAGAUGCCGACUCCAGCUGGCUGGGGUCCCCAAACGGCCACCGAUUACUACCCUCGCCCUCUCAUCUCUUCGAACGCCUCUACGAUCCCUCGGUACCUACCGAGGCCGACCUGACGCCGAAUGGCUCAACGACCCUGACGAUGGGGAGACGGGUGCUGAUCCCAACCCCGAACCCAACCCCGAACCCAAUCCUGAACCCAGUCCUAAAUCCGACGUCGACACAAAGGCUCCCAAUGAACACUUUGCGACGAACUGGCCACUCCUUUCGCGGCCGUCAGAACAUCGCUUCUACAAGUCCAGGGGCCAAAUGGUCUCCCCCGAAAAGGAGGGGCUCUCCAUCGACAUGCUAGGGAAGCCUGGCGCCGCCAUUGUUCUUCGAGAGAAGCGGGCCUGGAGGAAAAAGCCCCAGCCGGUCUCUGACGACGCCGAGGUUGUCCAGGUUGAUCCCGCGAGCCUCCUGCUCCAAGAAGACGCCGCCCCCGCGGAUGAGGAUAUUCUACUCAACAUUCACGAGCUACGACCGAAAGACACAGCAAUCCUCUCCGAGAAGCAGUUUACCCAACUCAAAAACACACUCGUCGGAGGGUUCACGGGCGCCCAGUUGGCCCGCUAUUUCAAGGAAUACGAAACGUUACGGCGACUUGAUGGCGAGGAAAACAACAACCCGGAAGAAGCUCCGUGGGUGAUAGAGCGUCAGCCAUGGGCGCCGACGGUUUCGAUUGGUGCACAAGACGUCGAGCCUCACCUCGUGGGCUACAUUACCAGGGGCAUGGCCCCCAAAACUCGGCUCGUGGUCCGACUGAUUCGUGAAUGCUGGGACGUGGCCAACAAGAACGUCCUCGACAGAGAUGGUUACCUUAGCAUACGACUCCGUGAUGUGGAAUUUUCUCUCCUAACCCUCGGUAACAGAAGAUGGCUAGAGGGUGUGCCAAAAGCCAUAUUAGCCCAAGUGAAGGAAGUCAAACUCAUUCGAGAAUCCCGACUCGUUUCUGUCAUCGCUCCCAAACACGCGGCACUAUCGGUUAUCGACAGGGUCCAUGAAAUCCUUUCCAAUGCUAGGACAAGCGAGUUUGACAUCGACCUCAUUUCCCCCGAGGCUCUUGAAAUCGGUGUCCUUGAAGAAGUUGGGCGCCUGACCAACACGGUAACGCGGCUGGACCCGUCGGGGAAAAAGGUGGUUGUUACCUGGAUUCAUAUGCCAAAACGGGACGAAUACUUUGAAAACGCGAGUGAAACCGUGCUUCGAUUCUUGCGUGAAGCAUACGGGCGUAAAUCCUACCUCUCCACCGCUUUGGCCGUCGUCCCGAGCGACCUGGCACAUCAAGGUCGAUACCUCCCGCUGCUCAACUGCUCAGCAAAACUUCCGUGGCAAGAGCGCUUCGACAAGUGGGAGAGGUGGACUGCCGCCGUGCCCCAAUGGAACACCGAAUCUAAGGCACAGCAAGUCACAAUACCGGUAGAUAUCUUGCCUUUCAAAUUGAACAACGAGAAGGCUGCUGGAGAGUUAGAAUUUGUCACGCCUGGGGACAAUUCAGGAGGGUGGCCUGCCGAACCACACACCGACACGAGUGUGACCUUUGGCCAUGUCGUUUUCGCUCGCCAGGAACAGGAGCAGUCCGCUGUUUCGCCCAGCCGACCACCCCAAUUAAACACUUCCUUAUCCCGGUCCUUCGUCCCGGUCCUCCCCGCCCUUGGUAGCCUCAACCUGCCCAACAAUCUCCAUGAAGAAGGCCUCUGGCACACCAUUACUGUAAUCCGCUUCGUGCCGUCCCCCGACCUCUCACCCGAACUCAUUGCUUCAGCGCCGAACCUCGAGCUCCGCGUGGAAGCCGACCAUGCGGAAGUCAAGGGCCUGGUCUCCCUGCGUGCCGUCAAGGACACUUUCAGAGGCGACGUACUCUUCCCCGCAGCAGCCGUCGACGCCCGCUUCGUACAGCAGCGCAGCUUCAGCCUUCCGGGCACAAGCAUCGAGCAACACGUCCCAGCCAUGAUCAACUUUCUUUCCAAGUCCGACCUGCGCCCCUGGCACGGCACGCUAAACACCCCGCCGGUCCUGCUCGGCGUUGAGCUCCCACCACAUCUCUUCACCUCGCUUGCCACCGACACCACCAUCACCUCCGCCACAACUUCCGAGGAAGAAACCACGGACGCGCCAACCCAAGUCAAAGUCGACUACAACCUCGCCUCUAUCGAGGUGCAGCGCACCGUAACAGCCGAGUACGCCUCGCUCAAGCUGCGCUACACCAGCAUCCAGGCAGGCCAGCGCGGCGGCGAACGGUCCGAACUAUCUCUAGAAGCGGUGCGCGUGGCACCUCAGCCCGACAUCGAACCCGAGGCGUCCGAUGUGUACGACCUCGUCGACGAGGAGGUCGAUCGCACGGUGGGAUUUAGCUCACACAUCAAGAACUCGCCCAAGGCGAGUUUCCGCCUCGCCGAGGCCGAGGCUGCGGCCCUAGCGAAGCCCGUGGAGCUAGAUGAGUUUUUGCGGGCCGCGUCUGGGAUCGUGAACGAGAGAGGGCGGUUAAAGUGGCAUGCGAAACGAUCGUAG